AAGGGGGGGCAGCUGUGCUCGGCGCUGCACGGCCUCUCUCCCCUCCCCCUCCGGAGGGUGUGGUUGUGUCAGCUUUGCGCCCUUUCGGUGACUCCUCCAGAGCUUGCUGCUCCCGAGAGGCGGAGCGGCGGGCGGGAUCCGCCCAAGGCCACCUGAGACAAGAAGGCAGGCAGUGAAGGAAAUAAGGGGCGGCCGGCGGCGGUGGGGAUCGAGAGCGAAAGAAGCUGGACGUUUCGGCGAGCUAGCCAGGGAGCAGGAAGCGGCUGCCGGGGGUCCCUCGACGGGCGCAUGGAGGGUGGCACCGGGAUGGCGAACGACCGGGUGAAGAACCUCCAUAGUGAGGUGGAGGGCGUCAAGAACAUCAUGACCCAGAAUGUGGAGCGGAUGCUGGCGAGGGGCGAGAAUCUGGACCAUCUGCGCAACAAGACGGAGGACCUGGAGGCGACGUCAGAACACUUCAAGACAACCUCCCAGAAGGUGGCGCGCAAGUACUGGUGGAAGAAUGUCAAGAUGAUCGCCAUCAUCUGCGUCAUCGUUGCCAUUAUUCUCGUCCUGAUUAUUCUUUUGGCCACUGGUGUCAUCCCAACUUAACUCUCCCUCCUGAUCUUCUCCAUUCGCUCCUCUGUCUCCCGUCUGCCACCACCUCUCUAAAUAGCUGAAAUUACUAAGUGAGCCACAAGACACUUGGCUGAGUGCUGGGGUUACCCUCCAGCCUGCCAGUUCGGUGUGGGGAAGGUUGCCCUGUUGCCUUCCUCAAGAGCUUCUUCUCUCUUUUGCCCCAGGCCAGUAAGAAUUAACGGCUUCCCUUGCACCCUCAGUCACCUGAGCCUUGUUCUCACACACACACACAUCCGCCACCCCACUAGCUGCAGAUUCUGGUGCCAGCAACGGCUUGCAAUGCAGUUCUUAUGUCUGUGUCUCCCGGUUGCUAGAUUCUCUUCUUCACCUCUCCUGCUUCUCAGGCAGAUCUUCAGCCGCUCCUGUCGCUGCUGCUUUUAGGAAGCUGGCCUAGCCUUCUCCAUCUUAAGUAGGUGGCAGUGUUGACAAAGGAGCCAGGGAAGGGAGCAUAGUUCCUGGUUGGCCAAAAUGGAGCCAGGGGGCUCCCAGCCGUAUCGGAGGCCCUGCGUAUAAAGCUCAAAUGCUGUGGGGGGAGACUCCUUGUAUAGUUUCUGUGAUUUUUGGUAUGGGGGGGAAGGGCUGUAUUCCCCUUUACAAAAGGGAGUGGGCAUUAGCAAAGAGUGUGCCUGGGCAUUCUAGUCACCCAUGAACACCUUGGAGAGGAGAUGUUUGUGCUGGGAUGGCUUUAAAGAAAAGACUAAGAAGGAGGUGUUUCUCAAAGAUGCUUCAAGUUUCUGCUUUUGUCACAGCUGUGUAAUUAACCUCAUAGGGUACCUUUUGCCAUCCUGGUGCCGUCCCCAUGUUUUGGACCCCUGGGGCUGAUGGGAGUGGCAGUCCAAAAUAUGUGGAGGGCACCAGGUUGGCAAAAGUUGCUGUAGACCUUGAUUCUGAGACACUGACAGACCGGAUGCUUGUCCUGGGGUGUAAUACCCUGAAUGGAGCCAGAGGGAGCCUGGCUUCUCCCCCAUCUCUCUCUGCCAGGCCUGGCUAGCAUCCUCUGUUUAUGCCACUCUGUAUGAUGGGCCUUUCAGCUUCCGUCUUUCCUGAUGAAGCUCCUCUGAUCUUAGCAGGGUCUCCCCUCUAGUGGAUUUCCCCCCCCCCUUCAUACACAGAUUUGCUAGCUGUAACAGAUACAUUUAUAAGUCAUUGGCUAAUACAGAAAUCUGUUUAGAAGAA